GGAACUUUUUGGGGAUUUUCAAUUGAACAUUGAAGAGUUCCAAAAUACCUAAAAUGGCGGACAACGAAGUGGAAAGGUUGACUCAAGCAAUAAGUUUAACACAAAAACUACGGACAAGCGUCACCCGUGUUUUUUCUGACUUGUCAGAUGGUUAUCACAUCAGUCAAGGAAACGAAAAAGCAUCUCUAAAUGUUUUACAAAAGGCAUUAUUGACAGUAAAUGACAAUUACAGUGACUUGGAAAAACUCGUUCCUAACCUAAACAGUGUGAAUAUCACUGCUCCUAACAGUGCUCUGGUUGGAAUUGACCCUGUGUAUGAUAAAACACCCAUUUACUCACAGAUCACUCAUGCUCACAAGUGGACAAAUAAGGUUCACAAGCUAGCAGACUAUGCCAGUGCAAUCUUAAGCCCAAACCAGCUGAAACGAACACACCAAGGGGGGCAACCCUUGGCGAUCAAACGACAAAGAAAGACACCUCAUGCCCAUGCCAUUCCUCCACAGGGUGUGGAUCAGUGCAUCAGUGCAUUGGAACGGCUAUGGUCAGAUAUGCCGAUAACACUGUCACGUCCUAUGGGUAAUUGUGCAGUGCUGCAGAUAACCCUAUCCCGCACCCUGCGAGCUCUCAUUGUACUGCGUGGCCUGCUCAUCGAAUCUGUCAUUGUCAAGGCCUACUCAGAGGAUUUUCUCACACCAGAAGGAAAGGUAGAUCUGUGGUCUCGUUCAAGGUAUCAAGUUUUCAAUAAGGUAACAGACAUGGUAACUGCUGCUACCCUACAUUUCUGUCACCCCCAGAUGCCUGACCUCAGUCUACGCUCUUUCCUGGUAUGGUUUAACAGCUACAAGACACUUUUCUCCGCCCCUUGUCAAAAAUGUGGAAAGCACCUCCAAGGAGCCUUCCCACCUGUAUGGAGGGAACUUCGCACAGCCACACCUCAGCACGAUGGCUGCCGGCAAACAUAACAGGACCUCCGACAGUCAGUGUUAUGAGAGAGUAUCAAGCAUGUGUUUUUUGGAUGGAAGAAAGCUAUCGCUUUGAUAGGGAGCAUUGAAGUGGAGCCUACUAUAUCCUAGGGUCCACGUAUUGAAGGAGCAAGAACAAUUUCGAAAUUUAAGUUUGUUGAUCAAUGUAAGUUUAGAUUACUGUGAGGUAUCUACGUUGUAGUAAACAGGACUCACACAAAGAGAAGGUGUAGGUACAGAUCAUGAUGACUUGGUGGUGUAAAGAUGUUGAUAAUACAAACAUCAGAUAUUUCUUGUUGUCCUGAAUAUUACAUUGUGCAUACCAUUGAUGGUGCAUAUGCAUAUAAAGUGCUUAAUACAAUUAGUCCAAAUCUAAAGAAUCUGUGUUACUGCUAUUCCUGCUACCCUUCCUUUUAGUGCUUACAAUAACCGUUUCUUAAAUUAGAUAGUCCUUCACUGGUACUACCAAAGGGGACUGUGGGGGGGUGGGGGUUUCCAAUCCCAUCAGUCAGUCAAUUUUUCUGUAUAUCAGUGUCAAUCAGUCAGUCCAUCACUUGUCAAUGUAGACCUUGUUCUGUUACAUCACUCAAAAGCUUGGAAUGGACAUGAAGUGAAUAUACUGAAGUACAUGUAUCUGUUUCACUCUCCUCACUCAGCUUAUUAGAGGUAGAGUAUGAUAGCUGCUUUGUAUGAGAGUUUGAUGUAAUGUCAUGUGUGUAAUGAGUAUAAGUAAUGAAAGGGCAGAGUGGAUACAUUUAACUGAGAGAAAAAAAAAUGUGUGUUAGUAAAUUUUUAAGAAGUGACAUAUGUUUACCUGUCAUACUGUGUGAGUAAGGUGUUUUGGAUGCUUUUGACUAUUGUUAGUGAGUGUAGGUCUGCCAUAUAUGAAUGAAAUGAAAAAUUAAACAUGGAAAAUAA